AUGCAAGCGGGCCGCAACAUGGAUCUCCAAGAGCGCGUGUCGUACAUCCAGUCGGCCACGAAAGACGGCGACCACAAGAGCUAUGACGAUGCCAAGACCCCAGGCGAGCUCGAGGACGGCGCGCUCGUGGCGGGCGGGGCCCUCGACCUCUUUUCCCGCGAAGCGUUUGGCUUGUUUUCGCAAUACGCAGCAAUCGGCGUCAUCUACGGCAUGAUUCCGUCGCUCAACUACCCCAUCUUCAACGUGUACCUGCAGCUCGAGGGGUACCAGACGGCGUCGUACGGGACUUUGGUGACGCUCGGGUGGUCGUUCAAAGUGUUUAUGGGGAUGUUCUCCGACUGCUUUCCGAUCUUUGGGUACCGUCGCAAGUCGUGGAUGUUGAUCGGGUGGUCGGCGACCAUGCUCUGUUUGUCCAUCAUGACGUUUUCGUCGCUGGGCGACCCGUAUUGCAACCGGGAGAAGGCGGCAUUGAUCCAGUCGAAGGCGUGCUCGAAGCCGUACUCGAACGCGACGGCGGCCGAGAAGGAGCUGUUCAACUUGCUCGCGUCGGACAGCGGGGGGCUGUUUAUCAUUUUGUCCAUGUUUGUGUCGCUGGGGUACGUGACGGCGGCGUGUGCGUCGGACGCGAUGGUGUGCCAGUAUGCACAGCGCGAGCCUCUGGCGAUCCGCGGCCGCGUCCAGACGGCCAUCUACGUCGUGCGCACGAUGGCGAGCAUCCUGGCGUUGAUCGUGACGGGGUUUGGCUUGAACGGCGCCAACUACAACGGAUCGUUUUCGUUCUCGAUGGCGCCGAACGUGCCGUACGGGAUCUGCUUGGCGCCGUGCGUGAUGGUGGUGCUGACGACCGUGUUUGUCGUGCAAGAGCAAAAGACGGCGGGCGUGCCGUUCCGCGAGUGGGUCGGCAGCUUUUGGGAGCUGCUCCAGAAGCGUGUGAUGUGGCAGAUCUGCGCGUUCCGGUUCAUCAACAACAUGUUCCAGAACAUCAGUUCGACGGCGGGCAGUCCCAUGUCGAGCAUCUGGGCCGGCGUCGAGCCGCUCAACGACUCGUUGUCGGGCAUCGUCGGCAACGCCAUCUUUUCCGGCAUCUUGGUCGUUGUCGCCAAGUGGGGUCUGCACUGGAACUGGCGGUGGACGAUUGCCCUCGGGUCGAUCGGGGUCAUGCUCAUUGACGGGUUUGUCAUUUUCCUCACGAUCUGGGACGUUGUGCGCAACCAGUGGUUCUUCACGGGCGUCGCGCUCGCCGACAACGUCCCUGCCGGCAUUCGCUUUGUCGUGUCGACGUUCUGCGCCGUCGAGAUCGCGGACGUCGGCAACGAAGGCGCGACCUACGGCCUCGUCACGACCGUCUCCAACUUGGCGUCGCCGUUUGCGUCCGUCGUCACCAAAUACAUCAACUCGUACUUGGCGCUGUCCCAAAACGACAUCAUGGCGGACACGGACGCCGUCCGAUGGGACGUCACGUACUCGUAUUUGAUCUCGUACGCGUGCAAGUUGUUUGCGUUGGCAUGGCUGUGGAUGCUCCCUCCCCAGCGCGAACCCAUGCAAGAGUUGAAGCGGAAGGGUGGCAAGAGCAAGUUGGCCGGCAUCGUCCUCAUCGUGGUCUUCCUGUCGUGCAUCUCGUUUUCCGUCACGUCCAGCAUCAUGGCCAUCUACCCGUCGACCAAGUGCUACCGCAUUGCGGGCGGCAACGGCAAGUUGGACCCCACGACAGGCAAAUGCCCCGUCGUCAAGAGCCGCAAGGGGUAG